ACCGGAUUGAAAGUCUGUGUGCAUGUGGGGCCGCUUAAAGAUGUGCGCCGACCAGACGGCACAGACUUUCUCCGUUGAAGAAUCAGCGAGAUGAAGAGCAGCGCCAACCCGGCACCAUGCGCUCCAGGCUCCCAAGGACCGCCUGCCUAUUGCGACUCAUUGCACUCUGCAUCCUUCUCUCGCACACUGCAGCUUAUUUUGGGCUGACAGGUCGGGAACCCUUGGUGUUUUUACCAGGUUCGUUUUCCAAUGAAUCUCCGACAGGCAAGGCCCACCUGAAGCAGUGCGAGCAGAUGACUUUGACCAGGCGGCAGAAGAGGCUGUGUCGCAGGGAGCCUGGUCUGGCCGAGACGCUGCGGGAGUCGGUGCGCCUCAGUCUGCUGGAGUGUCGCUAUCAGUUCAGGAAUGAGCGCUGGAACUGCAGUCUGGACGGCCGGGGAAGCCUCCUGAAGAGAGCAUUCAAGGAGACUGCCUUCCUACUAGCAGUGUCCUCUGCGGCGCUGACCCAUGCACUCGCCAAAGCAUGCAGCUCAGGUCGAAUGGAGAGGUGCACGUGUGACGACUCCCCCGGCAUCCAGCAUAGGGAAGCGUGGCAGUGGGGGAUCUGCGGAGACAACCUGAAAUAUAGCACCAAGUUUCUCAAGAAGUUCCUCGGCCAGAAGAAGGUCAGCAAGGACCUAAGGGCUCAAGUUGACGCCCACAACAUCGACGUUGGAAUUCGGGCAGUGAAGAGCGGCCUGAAAACAACCUGCAAGUGUCACGGCGUAUCCGGCUCGUGUGCCGUACGGACUUGCUGGAAGCAGCUGUCUCCUUUCCAUGACACCGGACGGCUGCUGAAGUACAGGUACGACACUGCAGUGCGAGUGCUGAGUGUCACCAACACAGCCACUGGGGAGACGGAGCUCGCUGGGCCCCGUCGCCAUAGCCAGAGCCUUCGCACUACUGACCUGGUCUACCUGGAAGAUUCCCCCAGCUUCUGCAGACCCUCCCGCUACUCCCCGGGCACAGGCGGCCGGUCAUGUGCCAAAGACACAAGUUGCCAAAGUCUGUGUUGUGGACGUGGUUAUAACACGGCCAUGCACCUCACCAGCCUGUCGUGCCACUGCCAGGUACGCUGGUGCUGCCACGUGGAGUGUCAGACAUGUGUGAGAGAAGAGGAGGUGUAUACCUGCAAAAAUGCAUAACAAAUGAUAAGAUGUAUGCAAAGACUUGCAAAAGAAUGAUCCAUUGGAAAAAAAGCGUGAACUGAACUAUAAGCUCCUGUAGACAUUUUACAAAGCGAUCUCACACCACAGCAUGUCUUUGCAGAUCUCCAUUCUGACCUGCAUGUUAUUUGGGGAGGAAUACACACUUGUAACUUUGUAAUAUUGCUGGUUAUUUGCUAAUCAUGACCAAUUUGAUACACAGCAGCUUACUGUAGGUGAGGAUGUUUUCAAACUGCUCUGCUUUUCUCUUGCUGGAUGCACUGAAAGCCUCUGGGGCAGAGGGAAAUGAGUUCUUAAUACAGGUACUGGACUGGACUGGACAUUACCAGCAGUACAACAUCAAACCCCUUCUGCAGCAGAGCUCCAACAAUGACUUUGUUGUACUGUAAAUGCAUUGGCCCCUUCCACUUGACUAUUUAUUGUAUCAGCCGUUGUGUCUGUUGUACUGCUGCUUUAUACUUAAACUUUCUUGUCAUUGCCACUAAGGCUAAAAUGGCCUUUCAAGGAAUCCAGCUGUCUGUCUUUCUGUCUGCUGUUUCUGUCUGCUAGGAGUUUGUUUAUGAAUAUAAAGCACUUAACUUACUCUUGCUACAUAUGAUACAAAAAAUAAUCAUAGAUGUUUGAAAAAAAAAGUUUAAAUAUAUGUUUAAACAGAAUCACUGGAAGCUUUGAGGCAUGCCACUGAUAUACAUUGUAACAUGUAUUAACAGGGUUAUUGUGUAAAGAAACAAGCCGGGUUUCAGUUGCUCUUAUGGAAAUGUCUAUGGAAAUCUCGACAUGUAGCCUAAUGUGUGCUCAACAGAACAAAGGGAAAUACCUGGGGUAAUAGCGAGGGAAACACCAAACACUGUCUUUGUAAAAACAAAAGAAUGAAAAACGUUUAAUUCCUAAACAUACCAGCCCUCCUCCUGUAUUUUUUCUAUUUAUAGAAGCACAUACUAUGCUGUACUUUCAAGUUUAAAAUUGCCUGACUGAACCAUUUGGCCUUCAAGGUCUAAUUUAGCCACAUCUUUGUUCUGAAUGCCUUUGAAGUAGGCUAAUCAUGCUCCUUAUUUUCCCAAAUUACUAAUCAAAGAAAAUUCCCAUGUUUACUCACUUAUCCUUGCAUCCAAGACAACUCUUGAGUGUCCAUGUGUGCAGGUCAAAAGUGCAUGUUGAACCCCAAAGGUUCAUUUUAUUGGCCAGUUUAUGUUUUGUUUGAGUGAUUCUGAACUGUAUAUAUGAUAUGAAUAUAACUCAUGUCAGGGCUCCAGGCAUAUGACAAUGUAGAAUCGUAAUUUUUCUACCUCACUUCAUCUUUUUGGCAAAUAUCAGUAAGAUUUAUGAGCUAUGCAGAGUUAUGUUCUGUCCUUUGCAUUUGUUUUUAAAGAUCAUAUUUUAGAUUUUUGUACAGUUCUUUUGAAUUUUGGUAAUACAUAUCUCCAGAUUUGAAAUGUUUUUUUUUCUAAUCUUGUUGCAUUACAUUCUUAUUUAAAACAAAU